AUGCAUAGCAAUGUUCCUGCUGCACCUACAGCAGGACCAACAAAUUUUGCAGCAUAUGGAGCUCAUCCUGGACCAUCUUAUGUUCACCAUCCAAGUCAAAGUUCUCAGUUCAAUGUACAACUAGCCCAAGCACCUAAAAAGGGACUUGAAGAUACAGUUCAGCAGUUAAGUGUGACACUUCAACAAUUCAUGCAAGGUCAAGCAACACUCAACAACCAGAAUUCAUUAGCAAUUAAUGACAUAAGGACUUCCCUCAAAAGGCUGACUACAUCUUUAAGUACUCAAGAGAAUGAUAUUCCAGCACAUGAGCCAUACAAUUCUAGUAAGGUUUCUAACCCUUCUAAGAAAGAUGAAAAGCAUGUGUUUGAUGAGCAUGAGAAAGUUUAUUGUCCUAUACCUGCUCCUUUUCCACAGCGAUUAGUUCCGUUGCAUAAAGAUAAGAAUCAUGUUGAAAUUCUUGAGGUUUUUAGGCAAGUUAGGAUUAACAUUCCUUUAUUAGAUGCUAUUCAACAAAUUCAUGCCUAUUCAAAAUUUGUUAAGGAUUUAUGCACAGUGAAAAGAAGAUUAAAUGUGCACAAGAAAGCUUUCCUUAUUGAGCAGGUUACUGCUAUCAUUCAGAGUAAUACACCACCUAAAUACAAGGACCUUGGAGCACCUACGAUUGCUUGUCUUGGUUUAGGUGAACUGAAAUCUACACCUAUCAUUUUGCAAAUUGCGGAUAGAUCUAUAAAAAUGCCUAGGGUUAUAGCUGAGGAUGUUUUGGUACAAGUUGAUAAGUUUUACUAUCCUGUGGAUUUUGCGGUGCUUGAUAUGAAAUUGCAACCUCGAAAUUUAGAAGAAGUUCAUAAAGUUAAUUUGGUGGAAAACAUCCUUGAUGAAGAUUUUCACUUGAAUCUCCCUUCCACUGAUUUACAAUUGCCAUUAGAAAGUGUUCUUAGUGAUUUAAAUAAACUUGAUGACAUUUCUAAUGUUUCUUUUGCAGGAACUAGACAUGGUAUGUUUUGGCAACCAAAGUUUGAAGAGUUGCCACCUUUGACAGCACCCAUAAAGCCAUCUUCAGAUGUGAUUCCAGAUCUGGACCUCAAAUCUCUUCCCGCUGGACUUAAAUACGUUUUCCUGGGACUUGACGACACUUUCCCUGUGAUAGAGAUUGCACCAGAGGAUCAGGAGAAAACUGCUUUUACAUGUCCUUUUGGUACAUUUGCAUUUAGGAGAAUGCCCUUUGAUCUAUGUAACGCCCCAGGCUAUGAGAGACUCACAGCUCUAUAA